UGUGUGCUUCAUUCCAGUGCACAAGCCGAGCGAAGCAGACGAUUCACACAGCGGCCGAAGCUUGAUGAAUUCGCUCAGGGAAUAAAUAUCCAUAAACCUCCGCGGCUGUUUCUUUACGGGAAUACCACUUGAUCGCGGACGCAUGUGAGCGUACACAUGCCUUGCUGGGACUAUACACCAUGAUUCUGACACAAGUGCGGCUGUCUCUGCCUCUGCUCCUCUGACCACAGAGAAAGUCUUUGGAUCACCUCGAGAAGGCUGCUACUUCUUUUUUGUUUCCACCCCCACUGACUAUCUACGAAAUAUUGCUGGAAAUAUUCUCUGGAUGGUGACCACGGACUGGACUACCUGUUUUAAGCUGAUUCUCUCUAUUCGAGGGGAAGGGACUGGAAGACUUGCGCCCGUUGCCUUUUCUCUGGUUUAAUUAGGCACGUUGGAGAUCACUGAGAAGGGAGAGGGGCUGCUAUAUUCAUACAUUUUACACCAAGGGUGUUAUUUCCUCCCCAACACUCACCUUUACGUGUUUUGGUGAAUGGGGGUAACUCUGUUCGUGGAGGCUUGACACAGCUGGGACUGGGACAGGGACUGGGUGCGUGGAGCUUCGGAUCACCCAGGAUUGUAUUCCCUCCUCUCUCGUGGGUCUAUUUACAUGUCCGACACGACUGCUUUAUGACAAUGGAUUACUUUCUGCUUUUAUGCAGCCUCUUGCUGCCCGUGGUGUCCACCGUUGAAGAGACACUGAUGGACACGAAGUGGGCCACGACAGAAUUAGCCUGGACUGCACACCCUGAGACCGGGUGGGAAGAGGUGAGUGGCUACGAUGAUGCCAUGAAUCCCAUCCGGACGUACCAAGUCUGCAAUGUACGUGAGCUCAACCAGAAUAACUGGCUACGCAGUGACUUCAUUCCACGAAAGGAUGUGCUGCGUGUAUAUGUAGAGAUGAAAUUCACAGUGCGUGAUUGCAACAGCAUUCCUAACAUCCCAGGCUCCUGCAAAGAGACCUUCAACCUCUUCUACUAUGAGUCUGACUCAGACUCGGCCACAGCCACCAGCCCUUUCUGGAUGGAAAACCCUUAUGUGAAGGUGGACACGAUUGCCCCAGAUGAGAGCUUUUCCAUGCUUGAGUCUGGACGUGUAAACACAAAAGUUCGAAGUUUUGGGCCAUUAUCCAAAGCUGGGUUCUACUUGGCCUUUCAGGACCUUGGUGCUUGCAUGUCACUCAUCUCAGUUAGAGUCUUUUACAAGAAGUGCUCCACAACCAUUGCCAACUUUGCCGUUUUCCCAGAGACAGCAACUGGGGCUGAGGCAACGUCCUUGGUCAUUGCACCAGGAACUUGUGUCCCCAAUGCCCUGGAGGUGUCCGUGCCACUGAAGCUUUAUUGUAAUGGAGAUGGCGAGUGGAUGGUCCCUGUAGGGGCCUGCACAUGCUCUUCUGGUUUUGAACCAGCCAUGAAGGAUACCCAAUGUCAAGCUUGCAGCCCUGGCACCUUCAAGUCCAAACAGGGAGACAGCUUAUGCCUGCCCUGUCCAGAAAACAGCCGUGCCACCUCAGGAGCAUCCAGUGUCUGCUCCUGCCGAAACGGUUACUACCGCUCAGACACCGAUUCUCCUGACUCCCCCUGCACCACUGUACCUUCUGCACCACGCAAUGUCAUCUCCAGUGUGAAUGAAACCUCGCUAGUGCUGGAAUGGAGCGACCCACGUGACUUGGGUGGCCGUGACGACAUCUUCUACAACGUCAUCUGUAAGAAGUGCUUGCCGGAGCGGGGAAUGUGCUCACGGUGUGACGACAAUGUUGACAUCUCGCCACGCCACCUUGGCCUGACCCAGCGCCGCGUGGCCGUCCGUAACCUACAAGCCCACACACAGUAUAGCUUUGAGAUCCAGGCGGUCAAUGGGGUUUCCAACAAGAGCCCCUAUACCCCUCAGUUUUCUACAGUGAACAUCACCACAAAUCAGGCUGCUCCGUCUGCAGUGCCCACAGUUCACCUGAUGGCGGCCACAGCGAGCACCAUGAGUCUGUCCUGGCUGCCUCCAGAGAAACCCAACGGAAUCAUUCUGGAUUAUGAGAUUAAGUACCAUGAGAAGGUAAGCAGCAAUGAUCAGGGUGAGGCCAUCGCCCAUACUAUGACUGCCCAACGGAGCAAUGCCCGCAUUGAAGGUCUAAAGCCUGGUACGCCUUAUGUGGUACAGGUCCGUGCCCGAACAGUGGCCGGUUACGGCCGUUACAGCAGCCCAGCCGACUUCAGCACCAACCUGCAAACCGACCCUCCAAAGUCAUGGCAGGAGCAGCUGCCACUCAUCGUGGGAUCAGCCACCGCCACCUUGGUCUUCAUCAUUGCAGUUGUGGUCAUCGCUAUCGUCUGCCUCAGAAAGCAGAGAAAUGGUUCAGAGUCGGAGUACACAGAGAAACUGCAGCAGUACAAAUCCCCAAUAGUCACGCCGGGAAUGAAGGUCUACAUUGACCCCUUCACCUACGAGGACCCCAACGAGGCGGUGCGCGAGUUUGCCAAGGAGAUCGACGUCUCCUGCGUGAAGAUCGAGGAGGUCAUUGGCGCAGGUAACCCACCAAAGCUCCUGAGCUACAGGGGGAAGACUGCUAGUCACCUCCAGGCCAUACCGUUAGAGGACUUCACACCAAGCGGAGAGUUUGGGGAGGUCUGCCGCGGUCGCCUCAAGCUGCCUGGGCGCCGGGAGAUCAUUGUCGCCAUCAAGACUCUCAAGGUGGGCUACACUGACCGCCAGAGGCGAGACUUCCUGUCUGAGGCUUCUAUCAUGGGCCAGUUCGACCAUCCCAACAUUAUCCGUCUGGAAGGUGUGGUCACCAAGAGUCGGCCAGUAAUGAUUGUGACUGAGUUCAUGGAGAAUGGAGCAUUGGACUCCUUCCUAAGGCUAAAUGACGGGCAGUUCACAGUGAUCCAGCUGGUUGGCAUGCUGCGAGGUAUCGCAGCAGGCAUGAAGUAUCUGUCAGACAUGAACUACGUGCACAGAGACUUGGCUGCCCGUAACAUCUUGGUCAACAGUAAUCUGGUGUGUAAGGUGUCUGACUUCGGCCUAUCUCGUUUCCUCGAGGAUGACCCUACAGACCCCACCUACACUAGCUCCCUGGGAGGAAAAAUCCCCAUUCGCUGGACGGCUCCUGAGGCGAUUGCCUACAGGAAGUUCACCUCGGCCAGUGAUGUGUGGAGCUACGGCAUUGUCAUGUGGGAAGUGAUGUCGUAUGGGGAGCGGCCGUACUGGGACAUGAGCAAUCAAGAUGUGAUAAAUGCUGUGGAGCAGGACUAUCGACUGCCCCCACCCAUGGACUGCCCCACAGCACUGCACCAACUCAUGUUGGACUGCUGGGUGAAAGAGAGGAACCUGCGACCCAAAUUCACCCAGAUUGUGGCCACGCUGGAUAAGCUUAUCCGCAAUGCUGCCAGCCUCAAGGUGGUCACCAACAGCACACAGUCUACUGGGGUCUCCCAGCCCUUGCUUGACCGCUGUGUGCCAGACUAUACCACUUUCACCACUGUGGGGGACUGGCUGGAUGCCAUCAAGAUGAGCCGCUACCGUGACAACUUCGUCAACGCCGGAUUUGCUUCCUUUGACCUGGUGGCCCAGAUGACAGCAGAGGACUUGCUGCGGAUAGGGGUAACGUUGGCUGGCCAUCAGAAGAAGAUUCUUGGUAGCAUUCAGGACAUGAGACUACAGAUGAACCAAACACUUCCUGUCCAGGUGUGAGCGACAGGACAUACACAGACCGAUGCAGUUGAAGGACAGCCAGACAGGAAAAAGGGGGAGGAACUGUGCCAGAGAGAGCCAUUGGAAAACCCUAGCUGCCUGACCCAUCUCUGCCAAUUAGAUGCUAUGAAACUGGCUUGCAGUGCCUCUGACUAUUUUUUUUUCUUUAUUUCACUACCACUACCAUUUCCUGUUCUUGCUCUUUUGUUAUUCGUCAUUGUUUCUUUUUCCAUCCAAUCAGAAUUAGUGUGUUUUUGAAAGAGGAAGAAGACCCCCUUAUAUCCCAUGCGUGCCUCACCAGCUCUGGUGUGGGUUGACGUUUGCAUGCAUGUGUGUUUUAGUGAGGUUGGCCUUAGCCUGUAACUGAAACGUCACACUCUGUUCCUCACACAAGAGUCCCUCCCCUUGACCUCUCAACCCAUCUUCAAUGGACGUAAUACAUAGUGAAGAAAAAGUGAACGAUUGUUCACACACAUAAAAAAAAUGAAACAAAAAAAAAGAGGACCCGCAGGAGAUAGAGGACAGUUCUUUCCCUGAUAGAAGUUGUUUUACUGUGCACAUGUGUGUGUGUUUCUCCAUCUUCAUAUUGAAGGUGUGUUAUCUAAAAGGGCACUUGCUGGAGAAGGGUGAGGUGAUGGAAGAGGUAAAAUGAGGUCAAAGGUCAAGAGAAUGACAGAGGUUAAAAAGGUCAAAGGAUGGCAGCCACAUUUCUGGACGCUUGUUUUGGCUGCAGAGUCCUCAGUAGGUCACCAGAUGACCUCUUCACCCUGACCUGAAGUGACUCAGGAUAGUUCCACAGCUUGGGAUCACCUGCUCAUCAAUUGUAUUUUGAAGCAUACAAAUGUUUUAUUUUUGUUUGUCCACACACCAUUUUUUUUUUCUUUUCUGUUUUUGGCUUUCUUACACUUUUUUUUGGGAGAUUUGUGGUUUCAAAAUGGCCGGUCAAACCGAAGUACCCCCACUGGACGCUUGAAGUGAUUAAGGGGAGACAAGGACUGUGGCAACACUAUAGAAAGACCACUUGGCCUUUUGUGUGCGAUUUUGUAUGUGUGUGUGUGCGCAUGUGUGCGUGUAUGUGUGAUUAAGUGUGCUUGGAUGUACGGGUGUGUCAAGUUGCACACAAGUAUACUGUACAAUACAGCUUCCGCUAUUUGCCACCGUGGAGAAUUAACGCAUGAACUGAACCGUGACAAGGAGCAAAUAUAUCUGAAACAAUUACGCUAUAUUCUGUGGACAACUGUUAAACAUUCUUUUUUAUUGAAUCCAAAAAAUGAACUUAGGACAUACAUAUAUAUAUAAAAUUAUAUAUAUAUAUAUGCAUCAUGCAGAAACUGAGAGAAACCAUGAUGGACACCUUACUUUCUACUUACUAUUAUCUGGAUUUAGAAAUAAUCAAAAUUCUUGUUUUAAUUUCUUGACAUCCUGCCCUAUGUAUUUAUUUGUACCCCACCAACACCCAAAUGGAUGGUAGGCCAUCCAGUGGACUUGGAACAAUCAGAAGGAAGAGAAACUCCAAGAGGAUUCACCUGAUGAAUUGAUGGUUAUUAAACAAAGGAAACUGCAUAUAAAUUGGAUAUUGUAUUUUUGUUGUUGUUCUAAACAGCCUGUACAUGUUUUGUAACAAAAAUACGAUAAAAUGACAAAAGAAAAAUGGUGUUUUGACAAAAUGGAAGUGCUGUUGUGAAAUGUUUGAUUCAGAGUGAAAUUAACAGAAAGCAAAGGAAGAAGAGAGAGAAUGGGGAAAGUCAGGAGGAAGAAAACACCCAUGGUUAGAAUACUGGUAAUAACAUGUCGCCCUUUUGCUCUCCGUCCAUUGUUGUCUGAGUGUCUGUGUAGGUGUGUCCACGUUUGUGUGUGCCACCUGAACUGGAUAUUAAGCUUCCCCUAUCGAUUCUCAUUUUCAACAUAAAGAGCAUUUGUGAAGCACCGAGCUGUUACUAAUCGUCUUCCAGGCACAUUGUUUUCAACUGUGAACCUCCUGCAAACCAUUCUAGGGCAAAUCUGUGGAAUUAUCUGUUUUAAUUUUACUUAUUUACCAUCACCUCCAACAAUGGGAUCCUCCCAACCCAUCUUGUCAGACUGUUGACGAGUCAUUAAGGGGAUGGUCCAGAGAUUAUGCAGUUUACCUACCAAUCAUUUCAAUCAUCCCAGAGGUGAAGCUCCAUCACUAGACUUUCAGUUUGCAACACGAUCCUCAUCAAAGAACCCAGAGCUGUCAGAAGAAAAAACCUAUUGGUCUUUGUCUGUCAGGUCGAUUAAUGCAGCAGCCAAUCUGGCAUCGCGAGGACACGAGCAUGCAGAGAGCACAGACAUACGGCAGGCUGACCUAUCAUUAUCUCUCUUCAUUUCCUGUCUGGCCUGCAAUCAUCCUGUCUCAGCUCAGGCUGCUGCAUGAUUAGUACAGUGCAGGAUCAACAGCCCUGGCACGCAGAAAGCCAAAAUCUGCAGGCCCCUCAUCCUAAGUGAUAGCAGCUGCAUCACGGAGACUAUACUAUUUGCACUUCUCACAGAGGGGUGUUUGAAGGUAGUGGAUGAAGGGAUGGGGCUGCAUCACUAGUGUGAUCUUCCAGACAGUCUCCAUAUUGUUUGGGUUGGAGCUGAUCAAUGCAAUAUGUGAAUAUUAUUAGUUAGGUGUGUAAUGAUAGCGUGAUGUUAGUGGCCAUGCAGUGUGUCUUGCCAUAUUAGUUUUGUCAGCCGCUCUUAAGUCCCUUCCAAAGUCGUGGAUAAUAUUAUGCAAAACAACAAUGUGUUUCCCGUUUUAUAUUGUUUCAUCUUCCACACACAUAAGUUUUCAAUACUGCUAGUACACUCUGUAAAGGGGUUACUAACCAACAGUUGUAGUACACAAACAAGUAGUAAUUUAAUUGUUGUGUACUCAAACUACAUUACCCUUAUAUAUCCUUCAAUAUCCUUACAUUUGUUUCAUCAAAGCAUCAGUUAAGAUUUCCGAUACAAUUGCUGGAGAAUCAGAAACGCCAGUAUUGUCAGCAUGAUUUGUUAUCAUGACGUGAAAGUGUUGAAAGUGCCUGUUAGACGAGCAACCAUUUUCUGCAGAAUUAUUUUGCUUCUCUUCAAAGCUAAACAGCAUUUUGUUUGGAAGAGUGAUAGAGUCUACCUUUGGAGGUGACAGAAGAGCAGAAUUAAUGCAAUCAGAAGCUCACGUUUCCCCAAAGUCUCCCAGGAAUAUACAAUAUUAAUCCCUCUUCCUACACUCAGCUCAAUCAGCUAAGCCCCUCUGUUGCAAAUUCCGCAUGUGACACCAAAAAACAGUUGAUGAGCAUAGAAAAAGAGAAGGGGGGCAUAUGGGGGCUAAACACAAUCAGAUGGCAGACAUGCCCACUCAUGAAAAAUAGCAGCGCUUUGGAGCUUGCAUGAACUAUUGAUGAGGUGCACAUGCUGCUCCAGGGUCUGGAGUUGUCUUCACUAAAGUCAACCGGCCGUGAGUGAUGAGCUCAACUGGCACUGUUGCACAUCUUAAAAUGAUUAAACUGCCACCACAUCAACUGCAAACAAUUAAUCUUUAAGUGGAUUUUUCACACAUUCAUGGGAGUGUUUAAUAUUCAACAUUCACAGAGAGGAAAGAAACUCACUCGUGUUUUUUUGUUCUUCCUUCUGACUGCAUGUUGCUGAAAUGAUGAUGGACUGUUAUAUUUGUGUGUGUGUGAGAGUGUGUGAAAUAAAAGGAUUGCCAUUUUAUACAGAAACACUUUGAUCAGCAGAGUUUAGGCUUUGUCAGAUGUGGUUAUCUCUAUGUGUGCCAAUAGGAUCCAAACUAUCCCAACAUUCCUUCCACCUUUCUUCCCCUAUUUUACAUGAUCCACGGAUCAUCAAACACACCCACCCUCUCCGAAAACCCCUCCACUUACAAAUUUUCUUCAGUUGUCUGUUUUAAAUAAAUAUAUACAGUACUGUGUUUUCUUCUGUCUUCUAACAAGAUCACUCCACAUCUGUCUUUUGGUCACUUUUGAAAACCCCCUCUUUAUACAAGGAAGUGAUAUGUUUCAGAGAGAACUGUACAUGUGUAGUGAACUUGGAGGGGGGACGGAAUAAAGCGCUGAGAAAUGCAAUUGUUAAUUCCUCUUUGAAAAGCAUUAAGAUGUAUUUAAUGGUGCAGACAUACACAACAAAUUACUAAAAAAUGAUGAUGCAUUCUUGUAGAAAUAUUUUUAAAAGACCCUUUUGCAAUUAAAUUAUUUAAGAAAUGUGACCCGA